AGUGUCAUGUUGAACAGCUGUUGAUAUUUGUACCAACUGUACAGACGACCUUCAUACUACUGUACAGUACUGUAGGUAUUCUCGGGGCAAUGGGAAACUUGGCGAUAGUCAUAACAUCCCUUAGGACAAAACGCUUGUGGCAGAGUACAAACAUGUACAUAACAAACAUGGCCUUCAGUGAUUUUGUGAUGUGCUUGACUGCUGUUCCUCUCACCCCCCUCACAGCAUUUUCUGGUCAAUGGUAUUUCGGAUCUCUCUCAUGUAAAAUUAUCCCAGCGUGUCAGGGUAUCAGUGUGUACAUCUCAAGUCUGAGUCUAAUGGCAAUCGCUCUGGAUAGGUUUGAGGCUGUAUUCCAACCUUCUAAAAGAUGGGCUAAAUCCAAAAUUGCAACUUUUCUCGCUAUCAUUUUCAUUGACGCCCUGGCUGUUGUUAUGAUCUCUCCUUACUCCUACCAUCUUCAGCUGACAAGUUCUGGAAAGCGAAUGUUCUGUGCGGAGAUGUGGCAGGGAACCCCUCGUCUUGUAUUCAGUAUACUCACCUUCAUUGUUCAAUUCAUCAUACCCUUCACCGUCAGCCUCGUAGCAUACCUCAAGAUCAUGUACAGGCUCAGGCAGAGGGUGGAGUCUAGGGUUGCACUCUCCAGACCUGUUGCUAGCCGGCAGGCCGAGCGAAGACGGAACCGUGUCAGAAGCCGAGUGCUGAUGUCUAUGCUGAUGGUGUUUAUGUUCUGUUGGCUUCCCCUGAACCUUAUCAACCUUAUCCAGGAUCUUGGAGGUAAGUUGGACUGCUGGAGCUACUACUACUUCACAUUCUUCCUCUGCCAUCUCUUUGCAAUGGCGUCCACCUGCGCUAACCCUGUACUCUACAACUGGUUAAACGAUAGUUCAUGUUCUCUGCUUGAUGUACGAGGACUGGUUGAGAUGUGUACUCCAUGUACUCCAUGCACUCCAUGUACUCCUGAUAUUGAGCAGGAGGAGGAGGAGAUCGGUCCUGGAACUACCCCGUGCACAAACCAACUCAACCACGCUACAUCCAGCAUGCUGGUGGUCGAGUCUUGUGUUUAAUUAUAGUCGUUUUAUUAUAUAUCCAAUAUCAAUGGUUUAAACCCCGCUGUAUCCAACAUAAAAGCGGAGUCUUAUGUUGAAACCAUGCUGUAUCCAACAUGAAAGCGGAGUCUUAUGUUGAAACCAUACUGUAUCCAACAUGAAAGCGGAGUCUUAUGUUGAAGACAUGCAGUAUCCAACAUGAAAGCGGAGUGUUGAAACCAUGCUGUAUCCAACAUGAAAGCGGAGUCUUAUUUUGAAACCAUGCAGUAUCCAACAUGAAAGCGGAGUCUUAUGUUGAAACCAUGCAGUAUCCAACUUGAAAGCGGAGUUUUAUGUUGAAACCAUGCAGUAUCCAACAUGAAAUCAGAGUUUAAUGUUGAAACCAUGCUGUAUCCAACAUGAAAACAGAAUUUAAUGUUGAAACCAUGCAGUAUCCAACAUGGAAGCGGAGUCUUAUGUUGAAACCAUGCUGUAUCCAACAUGAAAGAUGUGUCUUAUGUUGAAACCAUGCUGUAUACAACAUGGAAGCUGUGUCUUAUGUUGAAACCAUGCUACAUCCAACAUGACAACAGAGUUUCAUGUCGAAACCAUGCUGUAUCCAACAUGAAAGCGGAGUCAUAUGUUGAAACCACUCUGUACUGUAUCCAGCAUGCAGGUCGUCGAUUCCUUUGUUUAAACCAUCAGCUGUAUCCAACAUGAAAAUGUGCUGAAUACAGACCACGCUGCAUCCAGCACAAAAGCCGAUUCAUAUGUUGAAACAACGCUUCAUCCAACAUGAAAGCGAAUUCAUAUGUUUAAACCACACUGUAUCCAUCAUAAAAUCAGAUAUGAAUGUUUAAACCACGCUGUAUCCAUCAUAAAAUCAGAUAUGAAUGUUUAAACCAAAAUGUAUUUAACAUGAAAGAGGAGUCAUAUGUUGAAUUAGAUCUAAAAACUCUUUAUUUACUGAUGUUGUAAUCUCAGAUGAAUUCUUAAAUGUUUUUUUGAUUUAAAAAACUCUUUGCUAUCAUGGCACUUUAUAACUGAAAUUAAAAGAUGGAAUGCAAACCUCUUUUAAAGGAAGAAAAUGAAUCCGAAACGAUGUUCAGUAUUAAGCAUUCAGUUCAAUAUGAUUUUAAAUUUGUUUUUAUAUAGACUACAAGACCGUGAAAAUUGCACCAAGAAACCUUCUAUGAUUAAUUUAAGAAAAAUGUUUAGAUUAGGGACAUUGGAUAAAUCAUUCAAAAUGUUUAGAUUAGGGACAUUGGAUAAAUCAUUCAAAAUGUUUUGAUUAGGGACAUUGGAUAAAUCAUUCAAAAUGUUUUGAUUAGGGACAUUGGAUAAAUCAUUCAAAAUGUUUUUUAAUUACGUGAUAUUGUAAUGUAGAGUUGUAAAACUAUAGAAGGUCGACGUUGAAUAAAUACGGUUAAAUAAAUAAAUAUAAAUAAUAUAAACUGCAGGUUAAUUAUAAUCAUCCCCAAAACUGAAGUACUUAAAAAUUACAUGGGGAAUUUCUAUGUAUCUUCCUAGACUAGAAUGUUAAGUUAUUUUUUUUUCAAAACUU